AUGAUAGGAGCUAAUCUUCUGCUUACGACAGAGUACCAUCUAGCAACAAACGGGAUGGUCGGAAGAUUGCAUUGGCAGUUAAAAGCAGGAAUUAAGUACCACAAAAACAAUUCUUAUUCUGUAAAAGUCCCUCGGAGGAAAGUGAGCCAUUUGAAACCAAUUCCAGAGACAAGGUUUGGGGCAAGAAAAACAUUCGUUUUUAAGGAAUUAUCUUGUUCACCCUUCGUCUUCAUUAGACAUGAAGCAGUAGGUGAUUUAUUUCAACCAAAUUAUGAUGGACUAUUUGAAGUUAAGGAACGAAACGAUACAAUUUACACGGUUAUAAUAAAAGGAAAACAGGUUACAGUUUCCAACGACAGAUUAAAAAGGGCGUUCAUCCGUGAAGAAAAUACCAAGAAUAAAAACGCAGCUGAUGAAGAAGCUGUAAAUGACGAUAACUUAGAGGAACGACAACGACAACAGCCAGGAAUGCAACCAUAG